UGGAGAAGAGAAACCUUAAGAUGGCAGGCAAAGGAAGUAACACAGACUGCAUGUCAUGCAGUGUACUGAACUGGGAGCAGGUCAGCCGUCUGCAUGAGGUUCUUACAGAGGUGGUUCCGAUCCAUGGACGAGGUAACUUCCCAACGCUGAAGAUAACUCUGAAGGACAUUGUUCAGACAGUUCGGAAUAGGCUGAGUGAAGCAGGCAUUGUGGUACAUGAUGUCCGUCUGAAUGGCUCUGCAGCUGGUCAUGUCCUGGUGAAGGAUAAUGGGCUGGGAUGCAAAGACCUGGAUCUCAUUUUUCAAGUUUCUCUUCCAAGUGAGGCAGAGUUUCAGUUAGUUCGAGAUGUGGUUUUGCGAUCCCUCUUGAAUUUCUUGCCAGAAGGAGUGAGCAAGCUAAAAAUCAGUCCAGUAACGCUGAAGGAAGCCUACAUCCAGAAGCUAGUCAAAGUGUACACAGAGUCUGACCGCUGGAGCUUGAUAUCUCUUUCCAACAAACAUGGCAGGAAUGUGGAGCUGAAGUUUGUAGACUGUAUACGACGACAGUUUGAGUUCAGUGUGGACUCCUUCCAAAUCAUACUGGACUCCCUGCUCUUUUACUAUGACUACUCAGAAACUCCGAUGUCAGAGCACUUCCAUCCAACUGUGAUUGGGGAGAGCAUGUAUGGAGACUUUGAAGCCGCUUUUGAUCACCUCCAGAACAAGCUGAUAGCUACCAAAAAUCCUGAAGAGAUCCGAGGUGGUGGGCUUCUGAAGUAUAGUAACCUCUUAGUACGAGACUUCAGGCCCAUGGAUAAGGAUGAGAUCAAAACAUUAGAGCGCUACAUGUGCUCCCGAUUCUUCAUAGACUUCCCAGACAUUCUGGAUCAGCAGCGCAAACUAGAGACCUACCUCCAGAACCACUUCUCCAAAGAAGAGAGAAGCAAAUAUGACUACCUCAUGAUUCUGCGCAGGGUGGUGAAUGAGAGCACAGUCUGUCUCAUGGGACAUGAGCGAAGGCAGACUCUCAACUUGAUUUCUCUGCUAGCACUCAAAGUGCUGGCAGAGCAAAACAUCAUCCCUAAUGCCACUAAUGUUACCUGUUACUACCAGCCAGCACCUUAUGUUAGUGAUGCGAACUUCAGCAACUACUAUCUUGCAAAUUCUCCUGUGCCGUACAGCCAGUCCUACCCCACUUGGUUGCCUUGCAAUUGAUCACUUGAGCAUUCUUGAAUGGAGGCUACUGAAGGCCAACAUGCUCAAUGUAUAUAGACAAGUAAUAACUGUCAGUUGAAGAUUUUCUAAUGGAAACAUGACUGCCUUAGACUGUCUAUUUCCUGGUAUGCAGUGGGAAUAUGCAGCCAGGUGACCUGCUAUGAACCUUUCAGUGUAUAUAUCUACAAAUGCCAAGAAGCCUUAUUACCUCUUCAAUAGGAGAAGAGAACCGGCAGCCAAGUGUUAAGAGCAGUAGUUACAAGACUCUGUACUAGUUCUGGAAGUGGCUGUUAACAUGUGAUUUAAGUGGAAUAUUCAGCAAACUGGGUUAGUUAAUGGACUGUAAAAUGUCUUGAGCAGAAACCACUCCUGGACUAGCAGCAAAACUCUGCUUUCUAUUGCCUAACCUUGUUACUCUACACUUCCUCAGUUUAAGUUCUGGACAACUUUCUAUUGAACUAAUUGUGCAAGAGUGGGCUUGUGUCAUGCUUGGGCUGCUUGUACUUUCUGGCUGUGUAGAACUGGUAACAGUAUGGAUACUCUGUCUUGUAGAGGGCCUAAAUGUUGUUUGCUGUAGUACCUAGGGAUAUAUGGUCCUGCCUCAAGUUCAAGAUUAAUUUCUUGGAAGUUGAAGAUGGAUUAGUAAGUCUGUCUCUAAAGCAUAAGCUGGCUAAAUUUUUCUUGAGUACAAAAACUUGGAUGCUGGCAUCUCUAAACAUGCACCAAAGCACGAUUUAAAACUUGGUAAUGUGAAAAGUCCUUGAAAUGAGGAGUUGAAGCCUUAAAUAGAA